GUUGCACUAUCCGUCCAAGCCAUCCGUCGGGGGUGUCGCUCAGCUGACCAGACACGAGAGACACCGGCCAUCCCCGCUCCAGUCGGUGUGUCGUUCUUUGCUGCUUCGUUGCGUAUCUUUGAGGUUCUGAUAAAUGCAGCCGUUGCAUCGUACUGUAAAGCUCCUUGAUUAGGUCUCUCACAACACACCAUCCAUAUACUCCCCCAUCCUCAUAGCAAUCAACAUCAUCAUCAACCAUCAUGGCCGUCAACGUUGCGUCAAGUGGUAGUGCCCUCAACAACAUCGGCAACGUAGCGCACGCGCAGGAUCGAUUCGAAGAGCUCGUACUGGCGCUCAAGGACGUCCUUGGCCCGUCGUCUGGCUUGACGUCCGAGGAUGUCGAUGUGCGAACCCUAAUGGAAUUGAUGCAAGCCUAUGACGCCAGGGACAUGCACUGGUCCAGGUAUGCAUUCGGCGACGCCAGCAGAGGAUACACUCGUAACCUCGUCGACGAGGGCAAUGGCAAGAGCAACUUGCUCGUACUCGUCUGGUCCCCAGGAAAGGGCAGCCCCAUCCACGACCACGGAAAUGCGCACUGCAUCAUGAAGAUCCUGCGCGGAGAGCUCACGGAGACGCGCUACGUCUUUCCAGAGAGGGACGAGCCCGAGGGACCCAUGACCGUCCUCGCCGAGAAGAAAUACCAAGAGAACCAAGUCACGUACAUGUCUGACGAGCUUGGUCUCCAUCGAGUGUCCAACCGCGGCAGCGACUUCGCUGUCUCGCUGCACUUGUACACUCCUCCCAACGUCGCAAAGGAGGGCUGCCACAUCUUUGACGAGAGGACUGGCAGGAGAAGUCAUGUGCCCGGCUGCUCGUACUUCUCGGCGUACGGCCGCCUGUUGAAGGAGUAG